AUGCGCGCCACCUUCGCCGUCGCUAACGCUUUCUUUGCCAUCGCUCUGCUCGCUGGUCGGGCUUUCGCACUCGAAAUCGCCGUCGGCAAGGAUAUCGGAAACAUCACCGCGGACAGCUACCUGACCACGACCGAUACCCGUCUGAACGAUGUCUGCGAGGACAUGUGCAAGCCCGGCGUCGAUGCCAUUGCUGCUUGCAACAACGACGACACCUGCCUUUGCGACGCCGACACCGUGUCUAAGGCCACAGCCUGCCAGCAGUGCUACUUCACGUGGCUGAUCGCCGACAACCGCAAGUACCCCAACGCGCUCAACGGCCAAACUGACGCCCAAACUGCGUACGUUAAUGCAUGCAACGCUUCAAAGAUCACGGUACCCGCGACCUCCGUCGCACUUGUUCUUCCCGACAGCUGGGACGGUCCCGUCGCUCAGCACCUCAGCACUGGCGCAACCGUCGUGUACUUCAUCUCCGUACUCUCGAUCGGCAUUGGGCUUAUCAGCAUCAUUUGCACCAUGUGA